GCAGCAGCAGCGGGUUUCCCUUGGGGGGCGCACAGGCGGGAAGUCGCCCUUUAGUGACGUAAAGCGCAGACUCGUGUGAGGCCUGAAGUGACCAAGAUGGCGGAGUACUUGGCGUCCAUUUUCGGCACAGAAAAAGACAAAGUCAACUGCUCUUUUUACUUCAAGAUCGGGGCUUGUCGCCAUGGAGACCGCUGCUCCAGGUUGCACAACAAGCCGACGUUCAGCCAGACUAUCGCCCUCCUGAAUAUUUACCGCAACCCUCAAAAUACCGCGCAGUCUGCUGACGGGUUACGCUCUGCGGUCAGCGACGUGGAGAUGCAGGAGCAUUAUGACGAGUUCUUUGAGGAGGUCUUCACAGAAAUGGAGGAAAAGUAUGGAGAGGUGGAGGAGAUGAACGUGUGUGAUAACUUGGGAGACCAUCUGGUUGGAAAUGUGUAUGUUAAGUUCCGCCGUGAGGAGGAUGCGGAGAAGGCCGUCAUGGACCUCAACAACCGCUGGUUCAAUGGUCAGCCAAUCCAUGCCGAACUCUCACCUGUAACAGACUUCAGAGAAGCCUGCUGUCGUCAGUAUGAGAUGGGGGAGUGCACUCGAGGUGGAUUUUGUAACUUCAUGCACCUGAAGCCCAUUUCUCGAGAGCUUCGUAGAGAACUGUAUGGCCGGCGCAGGAAAAGACAUCGCUCUCGCUCCCGUUCCCGCGAACGGCGUUCUCGCUCCCGGGACCGAGGUGGGCGUGGGGGCGGCGGCGGCGGCGGCGGUGGUGGUGGUGGCGGCGGAGGCGGCGGCCGUGACCGGGAACGUCGGCGGUCAAGAGACCGCGAACGUUCGGGGCGCUUCUGAAGUGGUCUGGUCAGUCCGGCCCCAGUCCACCAGCCAAGUGUCGUCUCCCAACAACCAAAACCCCUUUGAUGUGUCGAAUCCACUUUUUUUCCCCCUCAUUUUUUUGUUUGUUUUUUUUUUAAGAAAAGAGCCUGCUUUCUUAAUAAACAUCUUUGUAGUGAUUCCAUAGUGAGCUUUUCUUUUUAAUUCAAGUUCUGAAUUUCACGAGGAUUUUUUUGUAUAGUGGGAUCUUGUGUCCCAGGGGUGAGGGGGUUAUGUUGCAAGCCAUGAAUCUGUGUCUUAUUAAAUAAAUCUUCCUGUGAGCCGUCUAAGUGCUGGCAUCCA